AGUCAGGUUAUCAGUACUGAUUGACAUGGUUAACACAUGGUUAAGUUUGAUAUCGGUUUGAUAAUAACGUUAUAAUACCAAUAAUAAUAAUUGUUGAAUUAAAGAGACUAAUUUAAGUUCUAUAUUGUAUAUUAAUGUGCACCAUAUGCAUUUUUAAAAAUUGAAAGAUAGUCGUUGUUAUCAAACUGAGAUUUAAAAAACGACAAAUAUUGUGAGCUGUCAGUUGAUCAAUACACCAUGAAUGAUUCCUUUCUGGACGAGCUGGAUCUAGGACAUCAGCAGGUGAACCAGUUUAUAACAACAAGAAAGAGUAGAUCUUCAAGUGGACCAGUGAAAUGCAACGACUUUGAAUUCUUAGUGAAAGAAAAUAUAGGCACAAAUACAAAUGCAGGUAUUGUCGAUAGAAAAGAAUUAAUUAACGAUCAAAAGAAAAAAAUCACAAAGCAACAUGAUUUUAAAAAACAAACUGAACAGGAGAAAAAAAUUCAGCUAAUAGAAUCUAAAAUGAUCGAUAAAAAAAUUAAAUCACUAGAAACAAGAGUUAAACCUACCGAAUCGACAAGAUUAAAAUGCGAAGAGUUGAAAACAAAGCAUCAGGUUUUAAAAAACAGAGUCUCUGAUUCAAGACAGGUUUACAAAGAGCACAAUCGUCGCUCUGGUAAUUCGACUCCAUCCAGCAGAACAUCUGAUCCGUCAAGCAAAGAAAACAAUAUACUCUCUGAUAAUGCGACUCCGAAUAGAAAUUUGCCCUCUUUGAAGAAAGUGGAGGCCAAUGAUCCUGUAAUUUUAUUAAAUGCCGUGAAAGAAUGUAUAUCCUCGCACUCGAAACAGGAAAGCACCAAAAUCUUAAGAGCAAUGCAGGAAUUGCAUAUCAAUUCGCAAGCAAAUCUCAUUAAACAUUUGUUAAUUCAAACGGAGGAUUUAACAAGGGAAAUGCAUCCCAGCAGAGAUACAUCGCGAUUAAAAAAAUUAGUCGAGGAAAAUGAACGAAUGCGAGAGGACAUUAUUAUUUUGAAAUUAAGAAACGAAGAAUUGCAAAGAAAGGUCGACGAAUCUAUAAUAAUGAAAGAAGAAAAUAUUGCUUUAAAACUUAAAAUAAAAAGUCUCGAAGUUAAUUUGUGAUAUUUUUAAUUUAUUAUUAAAUAUUUUUAAUUUCUUAAAUUCAAACAUAAAAUUAUUACAAAUAGUCAUGGACUGAAUAGUCUAAAAAAAUUGUAUUACUUUUAGAUUUAAUUGUUAAAAUGUUGUCAUUCAUCAUGUAAUGUGUUAAUAAUGUGCCUUAUAUUCUUGAAAUAUUUUGGAGGUACAUUCAAUUGCGUGCCUUAUUGGAUGACGAAAGAUUAGACGGAACAUUAAAUGCAACUGCCUUUUCCAUUUUAUGCCCAAUGAAAAUUUUUUUUUAUUUCAAGACUUUCAACGUGGUAUUAAUCGUUUUUUAAAUAAAGUUUCUUACAUUUUUAAAAAA